AUGGUAAGUAAAAAUUUUUAAUACAAAUAGGUAUGCAUUUAUUUUUAUUUUUUACAUGCAUAUAUAUUAUAGUAUUGUGUUAUGUAUAAUAAAUUUACUACACUUGAGUAGUAUUUGAAUAGUAGGUUGGUACAAAAAUGUAAAAAAAAUAAUUAUUUUUUAUGUCAAUAUUCAAUGACUUGAAUGGACUAAGUUUUACUUUUUGAUUUUAUUUUUUGUUCGUGUCCUACAACAUUAUGCAUUAAACAUAAUUUCAAUUUUGUCUAAGAUUCUUUUUAAAUUAUCAUAGUUAUUACUGUUUAUAAAUGUUAUUAUUAUUAGUUUUUGUUUAAAAAAUUCUAACAGAACCUUACUACUAAGUGAAAUAUACCUAACUAUGAAUAGAAGUAUAAUAAUCAAUAGGUUUAGAUAGGUAGGUUCAAACUGGAUACCUGUAUACCUAUCUGUGUGUAUUUAUAUUUCACUGUAAUCAGAUUUCGUUGUUUGUUAACAAAUCAAGAAUGGACAAAUUUGUAAUUGUAAUUUUAUAUAUUUCAGUCUAUAGCUGAAUUUAUUGAUGGCAUGCCAUCAUUUGAUAAACGCAAUUUUUCUCGAUUUCAAUCAAACCAUGGGCGAUAUAAGCGUAUACCGAUUUAUUUAGCUACAACAGAAACACCAUCUGAUCAAGGUUUGUAAUUAUGAUGUUUAAUUACAAGUUAUUUUAGUAGCUGUGUGGUCUGCUAUUUACGCAAUAAAUGUUAUCUACAAAUUCUAAUACAUGGUGUCGAAUACUAUUUAUGUAUAAAUUGUAAUCUUAGUUAAAAAAAAUCUUACUUCAUUUUAAAUCAGAGCACUUUAUGGAUAAAUGAAGAUUGUAAAUUAAUGUUCUCAAAGUUUUAAAGUUGAAAAGUAUUUUUCAUAUCGUCAAAACAUGUUUGUAAUAUAUUUGUUAUAUUUAUGGAACACCACCAUUCUUUUUUAAGCCGCCUUUCCAGCAAAAUAGGUGGAACUGUGAUUUUAUAUCACAUGUGAUUGUCCCCUUUCUUCAAUUGUCAAACUAUUAGGUACUCAGUAUAUUUUUAUAAUGUGUAUAUAAAUAAAUUGUACACAUAACUUAAGUUUUUCUUUUUUACAUAAACGUUUAAAAAAUAAAACUUAAAACUCAAUAAAAUGUAAAUAGUAUUGAUACUUAAAUAUAUUUGUUAUAAUAAUAUUGUUUACAUUUUAUUGUUCUUUAAGCUUUAUCAAUUUUAUUUUUAACUUUAAUGUAAACAAGAGAAACUCUAGUAAAGUAUUUAUACAGUUUAUUUGCAUUAUAGUAAUAUAUUGAAUAACUAAUAGACUUUGAAAAUUUUAAUUAAAAUGUAAAAAGCUAUAUUUUACAGUUUUACACAGAAUAUAUAAAAAUAUUAUUCUAUGGUUGUAUUUCAAUAUGGUUGUUAAGUGAUAACGAAAAAAAUUCAAUGUGCCAAACUAUAGUUUCCAAUUUAUUUUAGAAAACCAGUUAAAAUCUGUUAUUUGUUAUUAAUCUAUUUACAUAAAUACAAAAUAGACAAAUUAAAUUAAAUAUCAUAAAAAUCGUUUUUUAAAUUUUAUAUUAAUGUUACUUUUUACAAAUAUUUACCUCUCACACUAGCUACUCUUUAUGGAAUUCAGAAUUUAGUGCCUUAGAGCAACUACCUUCCAAAGCCUAAAUAUGCUAGUCAAUAUUAACUUAAAAAAUAGUAUGUCUUGUAAUAUGUUUAAAAUAAAAUAUAGAAUGAUGGAGUGUUAUGAACUUAUUCAGCUUUACUCACUUUGACACUGAGUUUAUUGUAGUAUAAAUUAUUAUUUUUAUGUGAAAAUCGAUAAUUAUUAUAAUUUAAAAAAUACUUAUUUAUGAUGGUUUUUAUUGAGUUUUUUGUAAUUUAAUUUAAAUUUUUGUAAUAAAUUUAUUAAACUUGGAAAAUGAAAAUAUAACUAAUUUAAAGUAUAAUAGAACAUUAAACUUUUAAAUAUAUUUUGUUAUUGUUUUCAAAAAAUUAAAAUUACAUAAUAAUAAUAUGUAUAACAUACUAUAAUUGUAUUAUAAUUUUGUUUGGUAUCCUAUAGCCUAUGUUUAUAUUUUUAAUUGUAUUAUUUUUUUGUUUCAGUUAUUGUGAAUGACAGGGAAAAUUUUUUACUACGAUAUGUACAUAGACAACAUGAUAAAAAUGUAAAUUCAUAAUCUAUUCCAUGUUUGUAUUGUUUCAAUAAUAAAACAAAAUAAUAAUAUUAUUGGCUAUAACUGUAUAAUAAUGCAAUAAUUUUAACUUUUAGAAUGGAGGUAGAAAAAGGGAAUUUGUUGGAAUUGCCGAAGAUGACCAAGAACCUGGCCCAUCAUCUAGAAAGUGUCCUAGAGUAGAAACAGUUUUAUAA